AGUAGCGUCAGGAAUCUCUUCCUGGUCGAUGUGGACAGAAAGAAGAGAUGUAGGGUGAGGUCUGUUGUUGUAGUUGAGCUAAUGAUGGGGAGAAUUAGUAAAGAUAUGUCAGGAAAGUCACAUGAUUCAUUGAGGAUUACGUUUAGCGGCUUAUAAAGCCCACUUUCGCUAUGCUCGAACAGAUGGUGCCGUGGUGCAUCCUUCAUGAGCACACUAUGGACUGUUAGCCGCUAACGCUACAUACCAGUGCACCUGUGACCGGCUUCUUUGUGUCAUUCAAGUCGGCGGCUGUUUUUCUCAUUGUCUGUUUGGUAACUCAGCUUGUUAAGGUAAACAUUAGGCUUUUUUUGUACUCACUACAUCCAGGGCGGAAAGCCUCGGUCACUGGCGUCCGACGUGCUGUGCCUGCUUGACGAAGAAGUCUCCGUCCAGAAAUGUAUGAUAUUAACCUCGUUUGCGUCUCGCUGGAUGCUCAUAGACUCGCAUAGUCCGUAAAUAGUUCGUAAACUAAGAAAUGGCGUCAUCCAAAGCAAAGGUCGGAGUCAACAGUGAGACCAACUCCCUGAAAGAAAGUAAGAGCUGCGCUAGCAGCUCAACUGAAGAAGCCUCAGCAAAUACCCGCAUGUACUGCCUUGAUGACCUGGAGACUAUCGCCACAGUCGGCACAGGGACUUUUGGCAGAGUCUUCCUGGUCAAGGACAAAAAGAGCCGAGUCUUCUUUGCCCUGAAGCAGAUGAAGAUCCUUGACGUGAUCCGACUGAAACAGGAGCAGCACGUCCACAAUGAGAAGGAGGUGCUGAGUGAGGUCAACCACCCCUUUCUCAUCCGACUGUUCUGGACUCACCAUGAUGAACGUUUCCUCUACAUGCUCAUGGACUACGUUCCAGGUGGUGAGCUAUUCAGCUAUCUACGCAGCCGUGGGCGCUUCAGCAACACCACGGGCCUUUUCUAUACCUCUGAGAUCGUAUGUGCUAUUGAGUACCUCCACUCCAAAGAAAUUGUGUAUCGAGACCUGAAGCCUGAGAACAUCUUGCUGGACAGUGAAGGACACAUCCGCCUGACUGACUUCGGCUUCGCUAAGAAGCUCUCUGACAGGACCUGGACUCUGUGCGGCACUCCUGAGUAUCUGGCUCCUGAAGUCAUCCAAAGCAAAGGACACGGCCGGGCAGUGGACUGGUGGGCCUUGGGCAUCCUCAUCUUUGAAAUGCUGGCUGGGUAUCCACCUUUCUUUGAUGACAAUCCAUUUGGAAUAUAUCAGAAGAUUCUGGCUGGAAAACUGGAAUUCCCACGCCAUCUGGAUUUCUAUGUAAAAGACCUCAUCAAGAAGUUUCUGGUCAUUGACCGAGCCAAACGGCUAGGCAACAUGAAGAAUGGAGCAGAUGACGUGAAAAAGCACCGAUGGUUCAAGACGGUUGACUGGGAUGCAGUUCCUCUGAGGAAACUCAAGCCUCCCAUAGUUCCUAAAGUUUCUCAUGAGGGCGACACCUCCAACUUUGAUGUUUACCCAGAGGAUGACUGGAAAAAAGACCCUCCAGUGCCCCAGAAAGACUUGGAGAUCUUCAAGAACUUCUGAUCACUCAGCUGUGAUUAUUUAUUGAUUGAUUGAUUUAUGUGGCGAGCUGAAAAACACACAUUGUACAUCUGUUACAGGUACUAUCCUGGAGAAAACACUUAUUUAUCAAAGUGGGACUUUCACCUUAUCUGUAAUAAUGAUCUUCCUUAAGACACCUUACAAAGGACAGAUGCUGUGACAUAUCUGUAUGAAACUACAGAAAUGGUUAGCGUUUUAUCUUUUUAUUUAUCUGACUAAAGUCAAACAUUUGCUACUUUAAUUUUAUUUUAUUUUUGUUUUUAUUCUCUGAGCCUGCUCAUAUGCAAAAAUAUCUGGUUUAUUUGAAACCAAAAGACUGUUACUUUCUGGGUAUGAAACAGAAAAAAUCAGGUCUUUUUAUAUUGCCAUGUUUUAUAGUUUCUUUCUUUUUAAAAUGUUCAUGUUUAAUGUGACUCUAGACUGGUGCUUUAACGGUCAUCUGGUCAGUAGUCAUUAAUGACUUAUUCUCUAUGUAGUCAGACACUUGGGUAGAAAAAGCGUGACAAGUAGCACUUGUAAAAAUGUGCCUUACAUCACCGUUUGAUGUCUCGCAGUUACACAAAGUUCACUUAAAAUCCUUGCUGUAUUACUCAAAGUGUCGGGGACGUGGAGCAUGUGAGGUGCUGCUGGAGGAACAGACUGCCGAAUGGCCGUCACAUCUCCUGCUAUAGCUGCCGCCAUCUAGCUCGCUUUUUUCUCUUCCUGUUGCAGCUCUGGAUUCGGUCUGUUCACAGCUGAAGGACUUUAUUACUGUAGAGCUGCUCUGCAGAGGAACUACAGGCUUUCAUGCUACACCCUGUGCCCAUUCACCUCACUCAUCAUUUUUAUUGUUGUCACAUCGUCAAAGCCAAGGAUGUAGAGUAUGAGCCUCAAUAUUUAGCGUAUCACAGUACAGUGACAGUGCAGACAGUAUAGUCAGUAUUCAUUAGUAUUUCUGCUAACUGUUGCUUAAGUCCUCAUUUAGGAUUUCACAACAAUAUCACACUUCAAAAAUGAACCUUGUUUGUAUUUUGGGCCUCACACUUCAUUGUAGCUCCUCAAACUAAACACAGUUCUGUUUCCCUACUUUCAGUCCAUUCUGCAGCUCCACUUAUGAAGUUUACUGUAUGGACAAAAGUAAAUUCAUCAAUGCUACAGUCGGCCCCCGCUGCAGGUCUGCAGGUCUUUGGACUGUGGGAGGAAUCUGUGUGUCUCUUCAGAGCCUCAGAGGCUGAGCAUUCGAUGCCUCUUUGGCAGCGCCCCCUCUGUGACCAUGGUGCUGAUUGAGGCAAAUGACAGAAGGGUUGUAUUUUAUUAUCAGCUGUCCACUGCACUGCCUUGCUGGAUGACAUCACACAGAGGGUUCAUGUAACAACAAUGCAUGACUGAUUUUUAAAGCAGCUUUGUGUCAGUUUCCCAUGUUGUAAAUACAGUGGAAUGAUUUUUUUUUCUUCAUUUGUUCUGCAAAUCUUGGUCUGAACACAGACUCAUUGGACC